UGGCUCAGGAGGAAAAAUAUAAAAUAUAAAUGGUACGCACUUCGAGACUACAUCUAAAAGGUAUUACUCUUUAACAUUAUUGCUUUAUCUUUGAAGAGUUGACUUCAAUUCCUUCCAUGGAGUUUGCAUCUUCAUCCUUCUUAACAUCAGAACCCCAUUUCAUACACGAUGUGUUCAUCAACUUUGGGGGAGAAGACAUCGGUAGAAGGUUUGUUUCUCAUCUCCAUUAUGCCCUUUUACAAGCUCAAGUCAAAACUUUUAUUAGCCAGGAGAAUCUGCAUGAUGAGGGAAUGAAGCUGGAAGAGCACAUGAGAGCAAUAGGACACACUAAGAUUUCAAUAAUCGUUUUCUCCAAAUCAUAUACUGAAUCUGUUUGCUGUUUUCUUGAGCUUGAAAAAAUAAUUGAAUGCCACGAGACAUUUGGCCAAAUAGUUCUGCCCGUAUUUUACGAGAUUGACCCAUCGGUUGUACGUCAUCAGAAGAAUGAUUUUGUAAAAGCGUUGGAAGAAAUUACACACAAUAGCUAUUUAGGAAAACAACUGCAACAUGCGUUGUCCAAGUCGAGCCUUCCACUCACCACAGCUGCAGGCAUCGCUGUUUGGGAUGUCAGAAUAUUCAGGCAUGAUGCUGCACUUGUAGAGCGAAUUGUUAGCCACGUUAAAACAUUACUGGACUAUAAAGACUUGUCUAUUACCGAAUUUCUUGUUGGAUUGGAAUCCCGCGUGGAAGACGUGAUUAAAUUGAUUGAAAAUCAAUCUACCAAUGUGUGUGUGAUAGGGAUAUGGGGAAUGGAAGGGUCGGGUAAAACAACCAUAGCCAAAGCAACCUACAAUCGAAUUUAUCGUGAAUUUAUUGGUAAGAGUUUUAUUGAGAAUACUCAUUAUGAAGAGUAUCUUGAUUUGGAAGCAAAACUUAUUUCUGAUGUCCUAAAAUCAGAGUUGGAGGGGCAAAGCGGUGGGAUGGGAACAACUAUGAUCCAGAAUAGACUUUAUCGAAAAAAGUUGUUCAUUGUGCUUGAUGACGUGAAUCACAUUGGCCAAUUAGAAAACCUAUGCGUGAGUAGAGAAAGGUUCGGUCAAGGAACUGUGAUAAUCAUUACUACUAGAGAUUUUCAGUUGCUGAACCAACUCAGAGUUAAUUAUGUAUAUGAAAUGGAUCUUUUGAACGGAAAUGAGUCACUUGAGCUUUUUAGUUGGCAUGCCUUUGGAGAAGCAAUACCAAAAAAAGAAUGGAGUGAACUCGCAAGAAGCGUUGUUGUUUAUUGUAGAGGACUACCACUAGCUCUUCAGUUCCUUGGUUCCUAUUUAUUUGAUAGUACAAUACAAGUGUGGAAAAGUGUGUUGAGUAUAUUACAAAGAAUACCCCCGGAUAAUCUUCUGAACGUAUUAAAAAUAUGUUUUGACGAUUCACAUAAUACUGAAAAGGAUAUACUUCUUGAUGUAUGUUGUUUCUUUAAAGGCAAAGAAAAAGACUAUGUAACGGAGAUAUUAAAUGGCUGUGGACUAUAUGCUGAUUUUGGAGUAACAGCUCUCAUAGAGCGUGGCCUCAUAAAAGUUGAAAGGAACAACAAACUUGAAAUACACCCUUUAUUACAAGACAUGGGAAGAGAAAUUAUUCGUCAAGUAUGCCCAGAGGAACCGGGGAAACGGAGUCGAUUGUGGUUGCAGGAUGACGUAAAAGAUGUAUUGAAAGAGAAUACUGGGACAGAAGCUAUCCAGGGAUUGUCCCUGNAACUGCAUUCAACAAGCAGAGAUUGCUUCAAAACUCAUGCUUUCAAGGAAAUGAAGAAAUUAAGACUUCUACGACUAGAUAAUGUACAUCUUGUUGGAGAUUAUGGGCACAUUUCUAAAGAACUGAGNUGGAUUUGCUGGAAAGGAUUCCCUUCUAAAUACAUUCCNAANAACUUUUAUAUGGGAAAUGUAAUUGCAAUUGAUUUAAGGCAUAGUCAUCUUCAACGCGUCUGGAAACAACCACUCUGGAAACAAUCCCAGGUUUUAGAGCGGUUAAAAUUCCUUAAUCUUAGUCACUCCAAAUACUUGAAAGAAACGCCAGACUUUUCCAGACUACCAAGUCUUGAACAGCUAAUUCUAAAAGAUUGUCCAAGUUUGCUCAAGCUACACCCAUCCAUUGGUGAUCUCUCUAAUAUACUAUUGAUAAAUUUGAAGGAUUGCACAAGUCUAAGCUAUCUCCCAAGAGAGAUAUCUAAGUUGAGAUCUUUAAAAACUCUAAUCCUAUCUGGUUGUUCGAAGCUUGGCCCUAUAGAUAUAGCACAGGUGAAAUCCUUGGUAACUAUAAUUGCUUAAAACACAACUGUGAAACAAACAUUGAUGAAUUGUAAGCUAAAAGAAUAUCAGAUAUAAAUCCCAACGUGAAUUUGAAGGAUUGUGGGUAAAUAUUUGUUGUUUGGUUAUACGUAGCAUUUAUUUGUUGAUAGACUAAACUUUAGGAGAAUAAUAACAAUCUAUUUGGGAAUCUCAAUUUGUUUCUUUUA